CGGUCGGGGCGGGGACCUCGGCGUGGGGGGCAGCAGCCCCGGCCGGAUACUCACCACGCGCGGGGCCCGCGCGGUACAGCCAGAGCGCCAGCAGCACCCACAGCCGAGCCGGCCGCAGGGCGGGCAUCUUCCCGAUCGCCUCCUCCUUCUCUGCCGCCGCCGCCGCCGCCGCCGGGGCAGAUCCACAUGAGGAGGGGGGGUCCCGAUCGAGGAGCCCCCCCCACUCUCUCCUCCUUCUUCCUGCUUCUGCCGAUCGCAGCCCCGCGCUGCACCGCGAAACGCAGGCUCCACUCCCUGCAGCACCCCCUCCCUCAGUCAGUCGUUCCCGUUCCCGGGCCGUCGCCGCCUCAGCCGCCGCAGCCGCCCGAAAGUUUGGCUGCAACUUUCUGCGCUGUGCAGCGAAGCGGCCUCGUGUGUCCUUCCGCCUCGGCCGCCGCCUCCGCCCACCUCAGGCCCCGCCCCCGCCGCCGCGGCACCCGGGCAGGGGUUUCCCGCAGGAAGAAGCGCCGGCCGGGCCGCGCGGAGGGAUCCUCCGGGAGCCCCCCAGGCACGCCGGCCGCCCCCGGCCUGCGGCGCCGACCCGCGCGCCCCGGCAGCCAGCGCCAUGGGCACGGGAGCGCCCCGAGCCCGGCCGCUGCCCCGGGCGGACGCUGCGCCGCACACACGAGGGCUUCCGAGACCUUGAACUUGCAGGGACGGCCAGGCCUCAGCCAGAGAGCUAGGGACUGUGCCAAACCUCUGAAUCCACAAUGGUCAAGAAAACUGACAAGGUUCCUGUCUCCUGCAACUCACACUCCAGAAGAAAGGAGAUGAAAAGACAACAGUUCUGCUGGGUUGAUAGACUCAAGGAACAAGAAAGUUUCCCUUUACCUCCCCAGCUCCCUUAUCAGCGAGAAAUGGUGCUCACUCUACCUACCCCCUCCUUUUUUCAUACAGCAGAAGAAAAAAGAUAAAUGACUGUUUUUAUUUGGUUAUUUAUAUAACAAGUAAAUAUGCACAUCGUUUCAAGAAUAAAAUGGUUUUAUAUUAUUUAAUAGAAGUCCCCAUUCCAUCCCCUCCCAUUUCUCAUUCCUUAGAUAAAACCACUUCCAAUGCUUUAAUUAAUGCCCCUCCCCUUUCUUAUGGAUCACCAUCUCUCUAAAACAGCUACUUCCUAAAGUCUAUCGGCUUUCUACUGUGGAAAACGGAGAUUUGGCUUCCACCCCUCCCUUACCACAGACACACACAUAUUUUCUGGCUUAUAUACCUGUAUUAUCAUUAGAUUGAUACUCAGUGUUUAAGUUAUUUUGACCAAAUAAAUACCAUUCACAACUGUGUGGUAUAAUAAAUUAUGAUCACUUUCCUGAAUAACAUUUCGCUUUCUUCAGAGUUAAUAAUUGUGUCAUUUUCACUUGCCUAGAUUUUCCUCUGCGUGUGCCACUGAUUGAAUCCCUCCCUAUCGCUCCUUCUGAUCUGUUCCUACCUGGGCUAAUUGAUCUCUAGGCUUGCUUUUGAAGGGAACCAAUGUUUUGCCAUUCUAAAGCUGCCUUUGGGACAUUCAUUGUAAGCUGUUUAUUAAGAAACAAGAUUCGCCUAUCUGGUGUUGCUCAGUGGUGGAGCAUGGGUCUCUGAACUGAGGAAGUCAGGGUUCAAUUCUUG